AUGAAUCAGUUCCGUUCCACAGGAAAAAGUAAUCGGAACCAGAAAACUGAUGAGUUGGAAUGGAGCAAAGUAAUUUUUGUGUUAAAGAAGUGUCAAUUGCUAUUUACUAAUCCCAUCCCUAUUGCAGGUGACGAGAAAAGGUGGACCUCUAAUACCACACAGCUACUACUGCAACUGUUUUUGGACAGAAAGAAAGAUAUUCAGGAUCCGCUGAAGAAAAAAAGGGAUGUGUGGAAGUUCGUUGUCCUAGAGCUAAAGGAGCAUGGUAUACACGAAACGGAGGUUUCGGUUGACCGUAAGUAUAGGAACUUGAAGAAAACGUAUGAAACGAUCACCAGACAGAAAAGGCAAACGAGGUGGGAACACUUUGAGAGAAUGCAUGCCAUUCUUGGCCACCAACCUGCAGUAUUCGUAUCCCCACGUAAGAAAAGGCGCAGCCCUGAAGUCCUAUAUUUAAAUGACUGCCCGGAAGAUCAGAAUGAUGGAAUGGUGGAUUAUGAUGAUUCGUAUUCCGCCAGUACGAACUCAAAAACGAUAAAAAUAGAACCGGAGGUGAUGUGGGAGUCAAGCCCAAUGGUCGACAAAUGCAACAUGACUGAUACGGAAGCGAGUUCGAUAUCCGGCAGCAACUACUCUGUGACGAAAGAAAGGGAAUUGCAAUGUGCCACCUCGAAUUCCAGUACUGUAGUAAACAUCCUGCAGGACCUCGUAAAAGAUGCGAAGCAAGUCCCAGCAAAGCCACCAUUUAAAAAUAUGGAAGUAUUGACGUACUGGGACUUUUUGCUAAAUGAUAUGACGCCAGCGGCGGCAAGAGAAGCUCGCCAUAAAAUAACUAAUCUGCUACAAAAUUUUGUCACCGCCAAUCCAAAAAAAGAAUUUUAGAGACCUAGGUAGCAUAAAUAUAAUGAUUGUCUGAUUUAA